GCUGAACGAGAUUCAAAUAUCCGAGUCAGUAAAAUGAUCCGAACUUCCCUUCACUAGUGUGCGCGAGAGAGAGAAAAAGGCAUCAAAAGCGGGAAAACUACAAAUCCCAAGAAUCAAAGCGAACUACGACCUCUGACAUGCGGAAGUGAUUCAGGAAGUAGGUUUGAAAGCGAUACAGGAAUACGAUCAUUGUGUUUCAGAAACAAGUUAAUAAAAUAUAACUUGUGACCUACCUACACAAAGCUGUAAUACGAUACACAAUGUCUAGGCAGUCCAACAGAACUACAGACAACAAGAAGAUGAAUUCAGAAUUGUUUACUCUCACAUAUGGAGCCCUGGUCACACAGCUCUGUAAGGAUUAUGAGAAUGAUGAGGAAGUGAACAAGCAGCUUGAUAAAAUGGGUUACAAUAUUGGAGUACGUCUCAUCGAGGACUUCUUGGCUCGCUCCAGUGUCGGCAGGUGUCACGAUUUCCGAGAAACAGCCGAUGUCAUUGCAAAGGUAGCCUUUAAGAUGUACCUGGGCAUCACGCCCAGUGUAACGAACUGGAGCCCUGCUGGAGAUGAGUUCUCCCUCAUCCUGGAGAGCAAUCCACUGGUGGACUUUGUGGAGCUUCCAGACAACCAUAACACUCUAAUUUACUCCAACCUACUGUGUGGUGCACUAAGAGGAGCUCUGGAGAUGGUGCAAAUGGCAGUGGAUGUGCGUUUUGCUCAAGACACUCUAAGAGGAGACAAUGUGACAGAAAUACGCAUGAAGUUCAUCAAGAGGAUUGAGGAAAAUCUACCUGCAGGUGAUGAAUGAAGCUGCUGUGUUAUUGUGGCUGGAGAAGCUGAAAACCACUGGCUUAUUGGAUCUGAAAGACUUUGAUCAUUAAGUUUGGUCAGAGCCAAACACCUACAGUUCAAAAAAGAGCUGAUCCUUUGUCCAGUGAUUAAGAAGUAGUAAUCCAGUUACUUUUCUUUAGGCUUUAUGGACCAUCACAUUUCCAAUGAAGCAUUUGGACUGUGAUUUACGGGGGGGGGGGACACUUUCUUGGGCCUGUUCCAAGUUUAAUUUGGAAAUAUGUUUCUUCUUAACUGGUGUAGUACUCUACAAUUUCCCAUCUAAUGUUUAGUUUAAAAAGAUAAUGUCUUUGUUCCAGAAAUAAACUUAUUUUAUUCUUGCAUCAUGGAUAUGCUGAUUGGAAGAAGCACAAGGAAGGAUGUACAUGCACGUUUUAAGUAGGCACAGAUGUACAGUGCAUUCCUUGAACUAGUGAUAUCUUUAUCUCCCCUGUAUUGGAAAGGUUUUCAGACUUUUGGAAUUUGCAUCUAAUAGUUUGCCAUAAAAUUAUAUUUAGAAAAGAAAAAGAAAGCAAAAGAAAUUUAUUCAAAUAAUAGCAUAUGUUUCUUCUACUUUCUUUUUCACAUUUUUUUAAUCAGCGUUUUGUUCUGUUAAGUAUAUGUGUCGUGUAGGAGUGUAUUUAUGUAAAAAUAACAAACAUGAGAUCGAAUAAAUUACUAACACAAGGUGAA